CCACCUCCGACCCGCACACCUAGCUCGCCGUGUCUCCCCACCACAGGCACAGCCCUCCCCAGCUACCCUGGGUGCGCCCGCCGCCGUCCCUUGGUGCCCUCAGUCCCCUUGGUUCUUUGGUCCCCGGUAGGCAUGUCACGCGCGGUGGAGCCCGAGCGGAGGCUCCUGGCCAUCUACACCGGCGGCACUAUAGGCAUGCGGAUCGAGCGCGGCGUGCUCGUCCCUGGGAGGGGCCUGGCUGCUGCCUUGAGGACGCUGCCCAUGUUCCAUGAUGAGGACCACGCCCGGGCCCUUGGCCUCCCAGAGGACACCCUGGUGCUGCCGCCCGCCAGCCCUGACCAGAGGGUCAUCUACACGGUACUGGAGUGCCAGCCCCUCUUCGACUCCAGUGACAUGACUAUCACCGAGUGGGUUCAGAUUGCCCAGACCAUCGAGAGACACUAUGGGCAGUACCACGGGUUCGUGGUCAUCCACGGCACUGACACCAUGGCCUUUGCGGCCUCCGUGCUGUCCUUCGUGCUGGAGAACCUGCAGAAAACCGUCAUCCUUACUGGUGCCCAGGUGCCCAUCCAUGCCCUAUGGAAUGAUGGCCGUGAGAACCUGCUGGGGGCCCUGCUCAUGGCCGGCCAGUACGUGAUCCCCGAGGUCUGCCUGUUCUUCCAGAACCAGCUGUUUCGGGGCAACCGAGUGACCAAGGUGGACUCGCGCAGGUUUGCGGCCUUCUGCUCCCCCAACCUGCCCCCUCUGGCCGUUGUGGGCGCUGACGUCAUACUCAACCGGGAGCUGGUGCGGAAGGUCCGAGGGAAGGAGCGGCUGGUGGUGCACAGCAGCGUGGAGCGUGACGUGGGGCUGCUGCGUCUCUACCCCGGGAUCCCCGCUGCCCUGGUUCGGGCCUUCCUGCAGCCCCCCCUGAGGGGCGUGGUCAUGGAGACGUUCGGCUGCGGGAACGGGCCCACCAAGCCGGACCUGCUGCGGGAGUUCCGGGCCGCCACCGAGCGAGGGCUCCUCAUCGUCAACUGCACACACUGCCUUCAGGGCACCGUGACCUCUGGCUACGCAGCCGGCAUGGCCGUGGCGGGAGCUGGCAUCGUCUCGGGCUUCGACAUGACGUCGGAAGCUGCCAUGGCCAAGCUGUCCUACGUGCUGGGCCAGCCGGGGCUGAGCCUGGACAGCAGGAAACAGCUGCUGGCCAGGGACCUCCGGGGGGAGGUGACGCUGCCCUCGGGGGAUGAGCACCAGCCCUCGCUGACUUGUAGCACGCUGUGCCGGGGGGUCGCCCAGCUCCUCAGUCUGAGCCAGGAGGCCGCUGCAGUGCGGGAAGCUCUGACGCCUGGCCUGGCCUGUGCUGCGGCCCAUGCGGGCGACCUGGACGUGCUGCAGGCACUUGUGGAACUGGGCAGUGACCUGAGCCAAGAGAACUUUAACGGUCAGACCCCUCUGCACGCGGCUGCCCGGGGAGGCCACCGCGAGGUGGUCACCAUGCUGCUGCAGAGAGGGGUGGGUGUGAGCGCCCGGGAUGAGGAUGGACUGAGCCCGCUGCUGCUGGCGGUGAAGGGCAGGCAUCAGGAUAUCAUUGGGCUACUGCGGGCAGCUGGGGCCUGCCUGUCCCCCCAGGAGCUAGAGGACGCAGGGACCGAGCUGUGCAGGCUGGCUUCCAGGGCGGACCUCGAAGGCCUGCAGUCAUGGUGGCGGGCGGGGGCUGACCUGGCUUGCCCAGGCUAUGACGGGCGCAGUGCCCUGCUUGUUGCAGAAGCAGCUGGAAACCUGGAAGUGGUGACCUUUCUGCAGAACCUCCAGGGUGGGGCUGCUGUCCAGGCCCCAGGCCCAGUAAGUUCCCAGAGCACCGGAGGACCCCGGCCAUGGCCAAGAGGUUCCUGGAGCCUGGAGGGGACCUCAGUCCCCUCUACUGCGUGUCCUGCCCACCCUGCCCCACCCCACUGGGCGGGAGGCUCCCACCUGCCUCCUACCUCACACCCCAUCCCCCCACUCCGUCAUCUGGCCCUCCAGAAGACUCUCAAGUCUGGCUGGGUUUGCUCAGGUCCUUGGGUCCCUCCCUAGGAAAGGACUUGUCCGUCUGUCCUGCCCCCACACACCGCCUGUGCCCAGGGAAGAGGUCUCAAGAGACCUCCGGUUUUCAGGCAGUGCUGCCUGGUGUCUAACCUGAAGCUGCCUUGCUGCUGAACAAGCCAUUCCUUCCUGUUGUGGCCUGCUGGAGGGACGCCACCCCACGACUCUGUGACGUACCCCCACUGCUGGGACUCUCCCCACUCUGUUUCGCACACAGCCUAAAGGUCUCGGUUGGGCAGAGCGGCAAUAAAGUCUCUCUGGGGACCUCCCUCGGUCCCCAGACCCCA